GAUGGUCCUCAAUAUUCCUGUCGUCCAGGCUCACCAAAAUUAUUCGAUUUGUUGAACAGUCUUCCUUUGGAGCCAUUUGGGGCUCUUAGCUGGUUGGUUAUCGACAGGGAAGAAGAGCUUUUCGAGGCUGAUGAUAUACGAGACGAGGACAAGGUCAUGCAAGCAUUGUGGUUGAGAUGGAUUUUCUUCAAUAGAACGAAAUUUAUUGCAAACUAUUUUGAUGCAACGAAAGCCUUUAUAGAUGACUCUUGGCGCAUGAUUCAUCGAGCAGCUGGCUGGUCUGCGCUGAGGGUAUUCCUCUUGGUACUUGUUGUCAAUCGCUUCCUCACUGGUUUGGAGGUUGUUACGAUCUUACGACAAUACGAGAAUUUGACGGGUAUGGAUCAAUGGUGUCCUAUCGGGAAUUCUCAGACGUAAAAUCCUGUGAAUUGAACAAUGGAAAACUCUUCAUUAUAAAUUCUGUCGUUCUCUAGGUGACAUCAUCCAUUACUUCUCGCAAUAGUUGGUUUGCUGUUGGUUCGGCAAACUCAACCUGAAGUUCCGUUUGCCGUUUUAUUUUGUAACUUGUUCUCGGAUGUCAUAAUACCUCACCCUUUCCUUCGAUGAGGUGUAACUCCUUGUGUUUGUUUGACUUACUAUCGCCCCUUAUCCUAUUAUGUAUGGUAUAGGAUCACAGCCCCCA